ACCCAGGGCAGGAUGAGCUACACAGAGAAGGCCGAUGAGAUCACCAAAGAUGAGUGGAUGGAAAAACUCAACAGCUUGCACGUGCAGCGAGCAGACAUGAAUCGGCUCAUCAUGAACUACCUGGUCACAGAAGGCUUUAAGGAGGCGGCCGAGAAGUUCCGGAUGGAAUCUGGGAUCGAGCCCAGCGUGGAUCUGGAGACACUGGACGAGCGUAUCAAGAUCCGAGAGAUGAUCCUGAAGGGACAGGUGCAGGAAGCCAUCGCGCUCAUCAACAGCCUCCACCCUGAGCUGCUGGACACCAACCGGUACCUGUACUUCCACCUGCAGCAACAGCACCUGAUUGAGCUGAUCCGCCAGCGUGAGACAGAGGCAGCGCUGGAGUUCGCCCAGACGCAGCUGGCAGAGCAGGGCGAGGAGAGCAGGGAGUGUCUGACGGAGAUGGAGCGCACACUGGCCCUGCUGGCCUUCGACAGCCCCGAGGAGUCGCCCUUUGGGGACCUGUUGCAUAUGAUGCAGAGGCAGAAGGUGUGGAGCGAAGUCAACCAGGCUGUCCUCGAUCAUGAGAACCGCGAGUCAACACCCAAGUUGGCCAAGUUACUGAAACUCCUGCUCUGGGCUCAGAACGAGCUGGACCAGAAGAAAGUGAAAUACCCCAAAAUGACAGACCUCAGCAAGGGUGUGGUCGAGGAGCCCAAGUAAGGCCGUGUGGCCACGGUGCCGGACUUGCCUGCUUGCCAGGGCCUGAGCUGCCAAGGGGUACCACGCGCCGGCGAGCGUGGGGCCACUGCACGCACGCAGAGCCCUCCGGUCUCCACGUUCUUGCCCUCCUCCUGUGUGUGUGUGUUCUGUUUUUCAUAGGAAAGAAUCUAUACAUUUGUAAAUCCCGGCUUGGGGGGCUCUGGGGGCAGGGCAGCUUAGUUUUUUACAUGUGUAUAUUUUGGUGCUGUGCUGGCCGAGGGGCUGCGUACUUCAGGCCGUCUGCCAGGCAGUGUCGCUGCAAAUAAAGGGUUGUCCAAUUUGAAGAAUGA